AUGUCCACAAAUCCCAACGUUUCUCCUCCGAAGAACUUCUUCCCUUUCAGCUCUUCUUCUAAUGCUCUCAAUGCCUCACCUGCCUCUGCCACUGCCUCUUCUUUCUCCUUCCCCUGCCUUCUCCUCGCCUUCACACACAUAUAUAUCAAAAGUGCUUACCUUGUCAUCCAUGAAGUUGGCCCAGAACAGAGCCAGAGCUUUUUGAUAGGGAUCGUGAGGCAAAAGGGGGUUUUCCUUCCAAGUCUCGUCAAUGUACUGAAGGAUAACAAUGGACUCUGCAAUGGGCUUGCCGGCAUGGACGAAGGUGGGCACCUUCUUGUAAACAGGGUUAUAUUUUAGAAUCAAAUCGCUCUUCU